GUCAUGAUGUCAUGAACUGUCGCACUGCCGCCUCACGGUUAAUCCAUCAAGCACGUGAAAUGAGAAUCGUCCAUUACGCGUCAAAGAUUUGAAAAUUUAAACGUUUUUGGUUUUUUGUGGAUGUGGCGAUUUGCGUUAAUAGUGACGAGCGUGCGGCAUCAAUUGAACGAGAGGCAUUCGCCACCGACAUAUCACGCGCACGCUAUCGUAAAAUUGCUGCCGGUUGAGCGGUAAAAGUCACGAUAACGCUGCAUCGUAUUUCCGAUUGUGCUCAUUGUACGCACAUUGAUAAUCGGAAACGCAAAGCCCGGGAAUAAAAGAUAGUUUUCUCAUAAAUUUUCCGUUCAUCUAAGGACAAAUUCGACUGCAACAUGGCGACUGAGAACAGGAGGUUAUGAUAGAAAAAGCACUUAUAUAUUAAAAACUCUGAAAGAGUGAAGGCAAUCACAUUAAAUCUCAAAUAAAUCUCAAUUGAAAACAUCUCAAAACUAAGCUUUAAAAGUAUUCAACUUGCAGGCAAAAUUAUAUGCAUAAAAUUAAUUAUGAGAGUAACUAGAUUGAGAUUAUAGAAAAUUUGAUAGUUGAUUAAAAACAUGGGGACUUUAUUUGCCUCACAUAAAUUUUCCUUUAUCAAAGUGCAGUGAGAGAGAAAGUAUUUCUCGUUAAAUAUAAUCAUUAAUUUAAAUUACGAUUUAUUUUUAUAGCUUUGUGCAUUCCACAUAUGCAUCUAUAUAUAUUUAUAUAUCUAUAAAACUUUAUGACUAAAGAUAGGCAAAAUAAAUAUAGCGUCUCUGCUUUUGAAUUCCUAAUUUCAUUAUCAUUUUUCUUGCAUUAUUAUAGAAUUAUGUAUAUUGUUAUAUUCUAGAUUAACAUAGUAAAUCUUACAAGAUACAAAAUAUAAAUUUUGCGAAAUUAUAUAAAAAAUAUAAAAAAAAGAAAAUAUAAAAGCAAGAAAACAAAAAAAAGUAAGACAAAGCAAGAAGAUUUUCUAAAUGUAUAUGUAAACAAUAUAAAACUUUGCAAGAUUCAAUAACUACAUUGUGUGCCUUAUAUAUAUUAUUGAUUGCUAUAAAUAUUUAUGAGGACCAUUAUAAGUGCAAUAAACUGCUAUACUGGCAAUUAAACAAAGAAAUUGCAUACAUCUUGUAUCUCCUAUAUUUAUAUUGACUAUGUACCAUACUGUGUUUCCAUCACAAAUGAUGGUACAAAUAAUGAGUGGACAGCAAACAGGUGGACAAUGUCCACCAGUGCAAACUCACACGUUGCAUAUUAAUGGCAUAAAUGGAUUGCAUCAAACUGAUUUCACACCAUAUGGUCCAGAUAUUUCCAGACAUAACAGACCUCAUUCAAUGCAGGCAGGAUCUCACCCAUUAGAGUUCUUACAACUAAUGGGAGUUGAAGUACCAUCAUUACGACAUAUAGAAUAUAUGCAAUCAAAUAAUAAUUCGUCUCCUGCAAAUUGGGAGAGACGAAUGGGCACAUCCAGCAAUACUUCAAUUAUUCCAUCAUCAAAUUAUAGCUUAAAGCCUACAAAUACUCAUUCAAUAAAAAAACCAAGUUGGAAUAACAGAAAUGGCAGACGAAGUACAUAUAGAAAUUCUUACUCCAAGUAUGAGACAUAUAAUAGUGACAGUGGAUUUAGUUCUCGUUCACCAACACCAAACAAAUACCACAUUGAUAAUAGUCUAACAGAGAGUUCAGAUGAAAGAGAUUCCACAAGUUCAUUAAGAGGACAAGAAAUAAAGAAAUAUCAUAGGAUACAUUCAGAUAAUAGAGCAAUCAAUAAACCAAUAUCAAGCGGGUUAAUUUCAAGUGCAUCUGCACACCAGUUCUAUCAGAAUCAACGACCUGUCAAUUAUUACAAUACUGUUUCCACCCCCAGGUCUCAUGCACAAAAUUAUCAGAAUAGAAGAAAGUAUUUAUCAGGCAGGAGUGAAAGUGCACCUUGUCAAAGAUUUCUAAGAAACCGUAAAUUUCCGGAAGUUUUAUUGCCGAAUUACAAUGUGGUUUCCACAUAUAUUAUAGCUCCUGAUAGAUUUCUUGCUAAAUCUCAUAUGAUGGAAGUAACUUCUGCGCCAAAGAAUAUUAUGACUGGAUCAAAAUGGGAUAGUCUGUCGCAACAAAUCUGGUUGAAAUUUAUGUCAAAUCAACAAACUGAAGCUACUUACAGAAAUAAAAUGAUGCUAUGGAAGCAUCUUUAUAUCUAUAUUAAGCGUCAAUAUCCAAAAUAUGGUUUAUUUGUGGUUGGUUCAACAAUGAAUGGGUUUGGUUCGGAUAAUAGUGAUGUCGACAUGUGUCUUUUGGUGAGACACACAGAAAUGGAUCAAAAAUAUGAAGCCAUAGAGCAUUUAGGACAAAUACAAAAAUAUUUAAAAAAAUGUGAUUUCAUUGAAGAGCUCGAACUUAUACAUGCAAAAGUACCCAUUAUAAAAUUCUGUGAUACAAUACAAGAUUUAAAAGUCGAUCUUAAUUGUAAUAAUGCUGUUGGUAUUAGAAAUACACAAUUGCUGUAUUGUUAUUCAAAACUUGAUUGGAGGGUAAGACCACUAGUACUUGUCAUAAAACUUUGGGCUCAAUAUCAUGACAUUAAUAAUGCGAAAAAUAUGACAAUAUCUAGUUACUCUUUAGUUCUCAUGGUCAUACACUUUUUACAAUGCGGUGUCAACCCUCCAGUUCUGCCAUGCUUACAUUCGAUAUUUGGAAGCAAAUUUAGCUCAUAUACAGAUAUUCAUAGUAUCGAUAUUCAUGAGGAUUUAAACAUUCCAUCCUCCAAUCGUUUGCCUGAGAAUCAUCAGUCUCUUGGAGAAUUACUUGUAGAAUUUUUUAGAUAUUAUGUUAAAUUCGAUUUCAGCCAUUAUGCGAUAUCUAUACGUUUAGCAAAAAAGAUACUAAUAGAGGAAUGUCGUAUGGUGCAGUCACUCAAAAACGAUUUUCAUCAAUGGAAAUAUCUAUGCAUUGAAGAACCAUUUGAUCUGACUAACACAGCUAGAUCAGUCUAUGAUCCGGAUGUAUUUGCAAGAAUUAAGCAGCUAAUUGAUGAAACGUACCAAAGAUUGCAGAAAAAACAUGAUCUAAAUUCGAUAUUUCUCAACAUAAUUACUGAUCAUCCUAUCGUAAGAUAUUUGUAAACUGGUCUAUUUUGAUGAAUAAGCUAUUCUGAUUGAACCAAAAGCAUUUUGUUAAAUGCUGAUAGCUUAAUGAUCUGAUGAUCUAAAACGAUAUAAAAGGAAGAUAGAACGAAGUUAAAUAAGACUGCCAAGAUCGUCUUGUAUGUUUAGUACCUUGUAAUAUUAAGUCUUAUUAUUUCGCACAACUUAUAUUAGCAAGGUACACAAAAUAGAACAUGAUAAAACAUGUUCGUUGAACUACUUGUCUACAAGUAUAAUAAAUUUGUCCUCCCUUAAUUUUUUUUUUUUUUUUU